CAAAGAUGACAGGUCUAACUGUCAGAAAAUACAAAUAAUACAUUUCAAAAUAGUUCAUAAUUGACUGACAUGGAUGCUUCUGAAUGUUCUGUGUUAUCGGAAGCAUUUGAUGUGCUUUCAUCCCACGCCAAAGAUUUGUAUUUAGACAAAAUUAUAUGCCAGCUUUUCUCACUGCCAAGCACAAUUGAAUUUACACGUGAUUAUGUAGCAAAAAACAGACCCGUAGUUAUUCGUGGGGCUUGUUCAAAAUGGGAAGCUUGCAAUAAAUGGAACUCAGACUAUUUACGAAACAUAAGUGGCAACAAGUUCGUUUCUGUAGCGGCUACGCCGAAUGGAUUGGCCGAUGGGAUUGCAACAAAAAUGCCGGAGAACAAGGAAUAUUUUGUAUUACCUGAAGAAAGAAGGAUGAAAAUGUCCGAGUUUCUAGAUAAAUUGAGUGUGAGUGAUGAUGAUCAAAUUUUGUACAUUCAAAAACAAAAUUCAAAUCUUUCUGAAGACUUCCCAGAGUUAAUGUCUGAUAUUGAUGUAAACACCCUUAAAUUCGCGUAUGAAGCAUUCAAUAAAAACCCCGAUGCAAUUAAUUUUUGGAUGGGUGAUUCAAGGUCUAUUACAUCGUUACACAAAGAUCCAUACGAGAAUAUUUAUUGUGUUAUCUCCGGCUACAAAGAUUUCAUUUUAAUUUCACCAACUGAUUAUCCUUUCAUAAAACGUUCAAAAUAUCCGCUCGGAAUUUAUAAAACCGAAAAUGGCAAAAUCCAAAUUGAUCCUGUUACUACGGGUGAGAAGAUAGAAUGGUGCUCUAUUGACCCGUUAAAUCCAAAUUUGGAAAAGUUCCCAGAAUUUAAGAAAGCAUCUCCAAUCACUGUACGAGUCAACGAAGGUGAUAUUCUAUAUUUGCCAAGUUUAUGGUAUCACCAUGUACAACAAAGUCAUAAAUGCAUAGCGAUUAAUUUUUGGUUCGAUAUGGAUUACGAUUCACGCUAUUGUUAUUAUAAAUUUAUAGAAAAACUGUGUGGAAAUGGAGAAUAAAUAUAUUCAAAAUGUAUCAUAUCAAAAAUGACAAUAAAAAAAGUGUGGUUAGAAUUAUCAAGUUUCAAA